GCCAGUCAGACGGUUCCGCCGCGCGCAUUGUCCGCCAAAACAAGCAGUGUGAGAAAUCGUGGCCAAGAAACCAAACAUGCGCAAAGUUCAACCCUCGAUCCCUGACCCCUGGCUGCCUGGGCUCUCCCAAUGUUUCAUUGACCGCUCCACUCCUCAGUGUCCUCGCGCAUUCUUCGCCCUCUACUUUUCCUCCGCCAUGCAAGAACAAGAUUCCGGCGUCAAGGGGCCAGUAAAUGCCUUUACUUCGGCGCCAGCUGGGCCGAACGCGCGGGCUAGAACCCCCAACCGAGGUGCCAGAAGCACCGGCAACUUACCGGUCAAGAUAACCCCUACUCAUCCCAGCACACACGACACUCUCUACCGAAGCGACGGCAUCAGCAGGAAUAGGCACCACACGUGGGUCUUGAAGCACUUCCGCGACAAGAUCGUGUGGAAUGUCGAUCCGGAGAAGUUCGUUAAGGCAGUCUGGGACUUCACGUUUGACGAUAUACCGAGGGUCCCCUUCCCUGGACCCGGAAGACCUAGUCGCGUCCCUCCCUCGUACAAACUGCAGGCAACCUCACUACAGCAAUACGUCUUUGACUCGAGGGAGCGGCCGUCGUACGGACCACUAUCGGAGUUGGCCAACUCACUUCUAAGACAGAUAUACGGUUCCAAAAGCACAACCGGCCGUAUCCCCCGAAAGUUCCCCGCACAAUACAUGGUACGCGACCGGAAUUACGACGACGACAGCCAUACGAAAGAGAUGCUCGAUCUCAGCUUCAGCACGGCGAACCCGGACGGCGGACAGCGGCCGCGAUGGGACUUCGAGGCCGCCUUUGUGGAGGUCAAGAGGACGAGACUCGCCCCCCCGCCGAUUCCGUCGCAAUUGGCGACGAUCAGCGAGCAAGAUGAGGGAGUUGCGCAGGCAGGCAAACGCAAGCGACCAUCGGCGGAGGAGGUGGGCGAUCUACCCAAGGCGAAGCGAUCGCACCCUCCUGCCGCGCAGGAUCAGUCGGCAGGACCCCAGGACGGCCGUCCAAACGACAAAGAGGGGGGGUCUGAUGCCGCGGAAGAAGUCGCCGCGCAGCCUGAGGAGGCCGAAGUGUCGAAUAAUGUAGGGCAAGCGGUGCGCUACAUGAACGACAUCAUGUCUGCCAACGUCCGGUCAUUCGGGAUCGGCUGGUUGGUUGAGGAUGAACACAUGCGUCUGCUAUACGGCGAUCGCAUGGGUGUUGUCAUAACGAAGAAGUUCCGAUUUCUCCACGAAGAUCAGCGUCUCUUCGCGCUUUGCAUUGGGGCUAUGGGACGUGCGAGCGUCCACGGGAUGGGGAUCUUCCCCGACCUGCAUUUUCCAGCGAACGAGCAGGAGGAGGCGAGCAUGAACACCUACGAGGGCGCCCAACUGCGCAUGACCGCGAGGCGGCCUGACGUGCCGAAUUCAGAAGAGUUCCAAUUUGACGUUGAUGUUGAAGCGGGGCGAAUCUAUACGGAGUUCGGCGUGCUAGGUCGGGGUACAAGUGUCAUCCCGAUCAGAGCCACGCCGGAUACAGACACAUCGAAAGACCCAGCUUUCAAAGACAUGGGGCUCGUAGCCAAGAUUUCGUGGCCGCACGCACUACGCCGGGCGGAAGAUUCGCUAAUCACCGCUGUUCGUAGAGAGCUGCGCGCAAAGAAGCCAGCCUAUCUACGGCACGUCGUCGAGCUGAAGUGUUCUGUGACACGUACGCUCGACGAAAUAAAUCUUCCCCGACUUGCGAUGGGCCUCCGGCCCGAUGAGACUGACGAACGCGUCUGUCGCACGCUCAUCCUCGCCCGGUACCAACGACUCGAAGAGAUCGGCUCUGUCGAACGCUUCAAGAUAGUGUAUAUCGACGUUGUUCGAGCUCAUCACUGGGUGUGGACGACAUCGGGCAUUCUCCACCGCGACAUCAGUACGAACAACAUCAUGUGGUACCUCGUCGGAGACACGAUAUAUGGCGUCCUCUGCGAUUGGGACUUAGCGGAGAAGAACGUUCACGGCCGCAUUCCAUCGAACCGCACACACGCCGAGGAUGAGGGCGACUCUAAGUCCAGCAGGUCGCCUUCUCCGACAGCCAGCCAGGAGACCGACGGCACAGCCGCGUCUCCGAAGUCUGACACAGCCGCGUCUUCGAAGUCUGGCGCAGCCGCGCCUUCGGAGUCCGAUAAAGACGCUAAGUCGCAAGAUUCACCGAAGCGACCCAGGUACCGCACCGGCACAGGUCCUUUCAUGGCUCUGGAUCUCCUGCGCCCUCAAGCACCUCCAUUCCAUUUGUAUCGCCACGACCUCGAAUCUUUCUUCUACGUGCUCGUCUACGUCUGCGCUGUCUAUGACUGGAUGCAGAAGAAGUUCGGUCAUUUGAUCGCCUGGGAGUGCGAGACGUUGGUGGAGAUUGGCAACAACAAGAGACUCUUCCUCGAUGAUUUCAGCCUCUACAAUCCGAUGUUUGCCAACUGCGAUCCAGCAUUCAUGCCCCUCGUAGCCCAGAACGGCUGGGUACGGGCCCUCUACAAGCAUUUUGGCACGGUCGAAUAUCAUGGAGCCUCAAUUAGACGGAUCCAGAUGAACGCGGAGCUGGGAGAUGAACUGGAUGUCGACGAGAUUGAGAGGUACGAGGGGCUGAGGGACAGCGAAAUCACUUACGCGAAGUUCAUGCAAAUCCUGGGUGCGCCUGAGGAUAUUCCGAUCGACGAUGCGCUCUAGGUCGGUUGACGUUGGUCUGCUCUCAAUACCGAGCCUGAUCCACAGCCACCCAGAUAGAAUCCACUUAGUAUAGAAUUCCUAGAGCGAGUAAUACGAU